AUGAGCGGUGAUUACGGUGGUUUAGGCAUUGUUCUAGAAGAAAGGGAACCGCCUUCUUCUACUACAACUUUCACUCAACAUAAGAAGUCUAUAACAUCAAUAUCGUCAUCUUCUAUAAUAACUCCAUCAGGAUCAGAAUCAAUGUCCAGACGACAAAGUCAUAAUGAAAUUUUGUUAACAACAUCAGCUGACAAAAUAAUUGGCAACACCAAUACCGUAGAUAAUGAGAUCUCAUCUCAAAUUUCAACUAUUAUGGACAUCAACGCAUCAAGAAGUUUAGAUAAUGAUGGAUUUGAACCUAAUAAUCAUGUUAACUCAACUACUACCAUUCAAGAAAAGUCAGCCAUAGAAACAGAAACUUUAUUACCUCCAUUGCCUGAUGAUUCAAGUGAUCUCAUUCCUCAUAGUAGCACUUUAAUCAAGAAAUCUUUAGUAGUUGAUACAUCAUCUAUCAGUGGAACCAACAGUUUAACAUCUCCACUAUCAUCAUCUAUUCCAGUUUUGAAUAAUCCAUUUACUGUUGCUAAUGAGGAUUUUGACAAUCAGAAUCCUUUAUCAACUUUAACUUCAAAUAAUACUUCAACUAAGGAAGGCGAAAUUUCAAGUUUGCAUCAAUCAGAUUUUUCUGAAUUUUUAAAUCAAGAUCAAUCAUUUUCAAAUUAUGAGUUAGAUUCACCAAGUCUCGUUAUUGAUUCGUCAAAUUAUCAAAUUUUCCCUUCAUUAACUCCAAGUAAUGGCAAUAAUUCGGCUGCCAAUUUAAAUAAUGGUUCAACUUCAAUAGCUAGUACCAUGAGUGGUAACAAUAAUCAAGUAAAUGCUCCAUCUACGAAUUCAUCAUCUACCAAUAAUAGCUCCUCUCCCUUAAAAAGAUUAAAAAGUUUGAAAAACGGGAUUAGAAAAUUAUCAUUAGGAAGUAGUAACAAUUCAUCAAGUUCCUUGCCACCUCCAUCUACUGCAUCGCAAGUACCACAACCACAGCCAUUAAAAACAAGUGUGUCAGCCAGACCUUCAGUUAGCCCUUUGCAAGAAGAGCUUGUGACAUCAUUGUCUCAACCACAACCUUUCCGUCAACAACAACAGUCACGAUCAUCCACGUCUUCUUCAUCCAAUUCAAGUCUUUUAUCCCAUUUGAAUCCAAAUCCUACAACUUCUUCCGUGAAUACCAAAGGUAAGAGAUCAAGAACCUUAUCGAAUUCAGCGAUGUUAACUCCUGUUACUCCACCAUUAACUUCACCAAUAAUUACUAUAUCUGAAAAUUUGUCAGCCACAAAGAAGGCAUUAUCAAACAUAGAACAAAAUUAUUUUGAUGUUAUCAAUUCAAAGUUUAACAGUCAAGUACUUUCAUCUUCAAGUGAAUCUGAAUCGAGUAAUAGUAUACUUCGUCAUCAAGCUCGAGAAUCUCAAAUUGUGAAUGAUUCUGAAUUUGUUAGUCGUGGCAGAGUUAAUUCAAUUUCUGAAUUAACAAGUUCAAAUGAAUUAUUUGGUUAUGCCGAUUAUUUGAAACGCCAAAAACAAUCAAUUACUGAUGCAUUUGAAUUAACUAAAAAGCAUUUAAUUGAUAGUGGAUGGUGUUCUGAUCAUGAUUUGAAUAAUUUACAAUUACAACAAGAUUCAUCAAUGAGUCAAUUAGAUACUAAAUUGUUACAAAUUGAAGAGAAAUUAAAUCGAGAAUUCGAGAUAUCAUUAUUAAACGAUUCAUAUAAUGAACAAGUCAGGUCAAGAACUUCUUCAAUGAAGAAGAAACAAUUGGCCAAGGCAUUACAAAAUGAAAAGGAUUUACCCAUAAGUCCAAGUUUAAAAGUCUUAGAAAGUAGAUGUUUUUCAUUUGCUGAUAUCUAA